AUGCGGUUGUCUACUUCCGCCCUCGUGCUGGGCGCUGCCUCGUCGGCCAUGGCGUUCCAGGACCAAAAGGUCCUCGGUGACUCCAAGCCGGCUGUCAAGUUCGGCGGCGACUUUGAGGCGCUUGCCUCGUCCCUCAAGGAGACGUUUGGCGAGCUCACUGCCGAUGCCAAGGCCGUCUGGGAAGAGGUCUCUCUGCUCGCCCCGGAUGCCAUGGAGGCGUUCAUUGCCGAGGCCAAGGGCAUCAAGGCCAAGAAGCACGACCGCAAGGCCGAUGGCGAAUGGGACCAUGUUGUCAAGGGUGCUGACCUCCAGAAGGUGUGGGUUGAGGACGACAAGACUGGAGAGUCCCGCCGUCUGGUGGGCGGCAAGCUGUCCAACUACAGCCUGCGAGCCAAGAAGGUCGAUCCCGCAAAGCUCGGUGUCGAUAAGGUGAAGCAAUUCAGCGGAUACCUCGACGAUGACGAGAAGGACAAGCACUUGUUCUACUGGUUCUUCGAGUCCCGCAACGACCCCAAGAACGACCCCGUCAUCCUGUGGCUCAAUGGCGGCCCAGGCUGCUCCUCCCUUACCGGUCUCUUCUUUGAGCUGGGCCCGGCCUCUAUCAACCAGAAGAUUCAGGUUGUCAACAACCCACACGCAUGGAACAACAACGCUUCCGUCAUCUUCCUUGACCAGCCGGUCAAUGUGGGCUACUCAUAUGGCAGCGGCUCAGUCAGCGACACUGUCGCUGCUGGCAAGGACGUCUACGCCCUUCUCACCCUCUUCUUCCACCAGUUCCCCGAGUAUUCUACUCAGGACUUCCACAUUGCUGGAGAGUCAUAUGGCGGACACUACGUCCCCACCUUUGCGUCCGAGAUCCUCUCCCACAAGGACCGCAACAUCAACCUCAAGAGCAUUGCAGUCGGCAAUGGCUUGACUGAUGAGUUCACCCAGUACGCUUACUACCGGCCCAUGGCCUGCGGUGAGGGCGGUUACCCCGCUGUCCUGAGCGAGAGCCAGUGCAAUGCCAUGGACAGCUCCCUGCCUCGCUGCCAGAGUCUCAUCAAGAACUGUUACGACUCGGAGAGCGCCUGGCUCUGCGUGCCCGCUUCCAUCUACUGCAACAACGCCUUCAUUGGACCGUACCAGCAGACUGGCUACAACCCCUACGAUAUCCGUUCCAAGUGCGAGGAUUCCGGCAACCUGUGCUACAAGGGUCUGGGUUACAUCUCUGAGUACCUGAACAAGCCUGAUGUCAUGGAGGCCCUCGGUGCUGAGGUGUCAUCCUAUGAUUCCUGCAACUUCGACAUCAACCGUAACUUCUUGAUGCACGGUGACUGGAUGAAGCCCAUCUACCGCCUUGUUCCCGACCUGCUGAAGGAGAUUCCCGUCCUUAUCUACGCCGGUGACGCCGACUUCAUCUGCAACUGGCUCGGCAACAAGGCCUGGGUCAAUGCCCUCGAGUGGGAGCACGGCGACGAGUUCCGUAGCGCCAAGACUAAGGACCUCACUGUUGGAGACAAGACAUACGGUAACGUUCAGUCAUCACACAACCUCACCUGGAUUCAGGUCUACGGCGCCGGCCACAUGACACCCACGGAUGAGCCCGAGGGCAGCAUCAACUUUGUCAACCGCUGGAUCGCUGGCGAGUGGGUUGCUAAGAAAUGA